GACGGUAUGGAGCUGCGCGUACUUCUUCUUGUCCUGGUAAGCUAUGGCAUCCACGCUCUCUCGGAACACCACCCAGGAUAUAGAUUAGAGCUCAAGCAAGUAGACUCCUACGCUUCCGGCACGCUGACCAGAGCAAAGAGGCUCGAGAAGGCGCUCAAGACGAGUAAAUCCCGAGCAAACUUCUUCUCGGAUCGAAGGAAAACAUCGAAUAGUCCUACCAAAUCAAACAACACUCGCGACCGCCACUCGCCGGAGCUGUCGAGCUCCAUCUAUCAGGCUGGCGGGGGAGAAGGCGAGUAUAUGAUGGAGCUGAGCAUUGGAACUCCUCCACAGCUGAUCCCGGCCAUGAUCGACACAGGGAGUGAUCUCGUUUGGCUCAAGUGUGAUAAUUGCGAUCACUGCGACUUGGAUCAUCACGGCGAGACCAUUUUUUUCUCCGAUGCUUCCAGUUCAUACAAGAAGCUCCCGUGCAAUAGCACGCACUGCAGUGGCAUGUCCUCGGCUGGGAUUGGUCCUCGCUGCGAGGAAACUUGCAAAUACAAGUAUGAGUACGGUGACGGUUCCAGGACUUCCGGAGAUGUUGGCUCCGACAGGAUCAGCUUCCGAAGCCAUGGAGCCGGAGAGGAUCACAGGAGUUUCUUUGAUGGUUUCUUGUUUGGCUGUGCACGGAAGCUAAAAGGUGACUGGAACUUCACCCAGGGAUUGAUUGGUUUGGGACAAAAAUCGCACUCGUUGAUCCAGCAGCUCGGGGAUAAACUUGGCUACAAAUUCUCGUAUUGUCUCGUGAGCUAUGACAGCCCUCCAAGUGCAAAGAGCUUUCUCUUUCUGGGAUCUUCCGCGGCUUUGAGAGGCCAUGAUGUUGUUUCCACCCCGAUUCUUCACGGUGAUCACCUGGAUCAAACCCUCUACUACGUAGAUCUCCAAAGUAUCACGAUCGGUGGCGUUCCAGUGGUGGUCUAUGAUAAAGAAUCAGGUCACAACACUAGCGUUGGACCUUUUCUAGCGAACAAGACUGUUAUUGACUCCGGAACCACGUACACCUUGCUAACUCCCCCGGUUUACGAAGCCAUGAGGAAAUCAAUCGAGGAACAAGUGAUACUUCCCACACUCGGCAAUUCGGCGGGCCUUGAUCUUUGCUUCAACAGUUCUGGGGACACGAGCUAUGGCUUCCCAAGCGUCACCUUUUACUUCGCAAACCAGGUCCAGCUCGUUCUUCCAUUCGAGAACAUCUUCCAGGUGACGAGCAGAGAUGUUGUGUGCUUGAGCAUGGAUUCUUCCGGUGGUGAUCUUUCCAUCAUUGGAAACAUGCAACAGCAAAACUUCCACAUUCUCUAUGAUCUCGUUGCCUCUCAGAUCUCCUUCCAGAGAGUUGAGUGUGAAAACCUCUAACAAGUAUGAUCAACUAAAGAUAUUUUUGAUUCAAAAGUGUAGGCAAUGCAUCUUCAAUUUGGGAGAGACCUUGUUUCUUGGAAUAUGCUGCUCUCUACUCAGGCAAAGGCUGGAAAUAUAAAACAAUGUAGGAUUAUAUUUGAUAA